UUUGGAGGACCUUGGUUAUUGGUUCUGGAGAUGGUGGGACGGUGCCUGGCAAUGACUCGACCGAGGAUGCCGCACAUUUUCGUUCUCUGAUGGAGGAGGUGUUUGAUAGUGAUCCUGCUGUUCUUCGAAACGUGUCUCGCAUCAUUGAAGAGGAGCUGCAUCCGGAUCAUUCCGAUCUCAGAGAGUCUGCUGUAAACCACCGGGUUCGUGGUCGACCAAGAAACAAUGAUACAAGACGUGAUCGUUCUUAUUUUGAACAUGUAAACCGCCAACACACUGAACGCGGCGCACGACAAACAGGAGAUGUAAACGACAUUAGCCAAAGCCGUUAUCGACACAUGCUUCCAAGGCCGAUGUUGCCUUACAUCACAAGAUGGAAGGAUGUCAUUGGCGAUGGGAACUGUGGGUUUCGUUGUGUGGCCGAGUUCUUCUUCGGUGAUCAAGGCCGAUGGUAUGACGCUCGAGAGACAAUAGCGAAUGAGGUCCUCGGUUAUCGAGCCCUAUAUGAGAGGAUUUAUGGGCUUGGAAGACUUGAGAUCAAUGUGCAGCGUAUUCGAUGGGACGGUGGGGCGGUUGAUUCCCGUCAUUGGAUGGUUGCAAUACAAGAUUUAUUUCCUAUUGCGACUUGGUUCAACGCAGCGGUUAUUAUUCUUGGUGUAGGCCAAACACCAACUUGCUACUACCCAUGCCUCACGAUAUUGCCGUUGCGGGCAAGAAGGGGGGUCACAGCACCGGAGCGAGAGUUUGUCAUCGCUACAGUUGGGGCCUCACAUUUUAUUUGUAUUGAACUUGCACCUGAUUCGCCACUUCCCCCGGUUGCAGGUUGGUGGACCGAGCACCACGACCCAAGUCCUGUUGAUGACCUCCAUAGACCGACCCAUCCACUUCAAUUAAAAAAACAACAUAUUAAAUAAAUCACAAGUUUUUUUU